AUGGCGAUAGAGAAGCACGAGUCGCAGAUCGCACUCGCCAAGAAACGUUCGAGUCAUACCGAUGACGAACUCGGAUUCCUCGUUCCUCAGCAAUUAAACUCCUUGGGAUCGUCUUUUACUGAUGCAAUUGUCAUCAUCGACGACGAUGGCGAGGAGAAGGAAACCCUAGAGCCGAAGAAGAAGAAGCGGAGAUUAGGGUCUUGGUGGGACGACGUUGAAGCCUUCAACGAACUAAGUUGCGUGGUCAAAGGGUUAUCGAAGGCGAAGGAGAAUGACGCUUCAUCAAGUGUGGAUUCGUGCUUUACUUCUUCUACCGUUCUUCAAGAUACCACCAAUACGAAGAAGAAAGAAGAUGAGAGAUCAUCAUUAUCAAGUCAUCAUCAUGAUAAUUUCAUUGAUUUGUGCGAGGACGACGAGAAUAAAGAAAAUCAAGAUUCGUGCUUUUCUUCUUCUACUGUUCUUCAAGAAACCUAUACGAAGAAGAAAGACGAUGAGAGAUCAUCAUUACCAAGUCAUCAUCAUGAAAAUUUCAUUGAUUUGUGCGAGAAAGACGAGGGUAAAGAAAUUCAAGAUUCGUGCUUUUCUUCUUCUACCGUUCUUCAGGAAACCAAUACGAAGAAGAAAGACGAUGAGAGAUCAUCAUUAUGCGAGGAAGACGAGAGUAAAGAAAACCAAGAUCGGGUUGGAUAUGGACACGUGUCAAUUGAGGAGUUUGGUGUUACGGUGGAAGAUCUCAAGAGUAUGCCAUGGGAAGCGUUUGAUCCCACUUGGGAGAUUAGGUCAGAGAUCAUGGAUCCAUGGCUUGGCGGCCACGUCAGAGACAUAAUGGAUUCAAGCUUUUCUACUUCUACUACUGAUCUUCACCGCGAGACGAAGACGAAGAAAGAGGAGGAUGAUGAGAGACCAUUACCAUCAAGUCAUCAAGAUAAUUUCAUUGAUUUGAGCGAUGACGAGAAUGUCGGUGAUGAGAGUAAUGGACACGUGUCCCUUGAGGAGUUGGGUGUUACGGUGGAAGAUCUCAAGAGUAUGCCAUGGGACGUUUGA